GGUGGAGCCAAACAUUUGAAUUGCAUCACGAACUUAAUUGUUUAGUGCAAGGCCACAAAAUUGUCAUAAUGGCUGAAGAAGUAGUGUUGUUUGGUACUAGGGGGAGUCCUUAUACAUGCAGAAUAGAGAUUGCUCUGAAACUGAAGGGAGUCCAAUACAAAUACAUUGAUGAAGAUUUAGCCAACAAGAGUCCUUCGCUUCUCAAAUACAAUCCCGUUCACAAAAAAGUUCCGGUUCUCGUUCACAACGGAAAGCCUGUGUUGGAGUCCCUUGUUAUUCUUGAAUACAUUGAUGAGACCUGGCAAGGCUAUCCCAUCUUGCCUGAAGAUCCUUAUGAAAGAGCCACUGCACGUUUCUGGGCCAAGUUCAUAGACGAGAAGUGUUUCCCUGCAAUAUUUAAAUCUUGUUGGGGCGAAGAGAGAGAGCGUGAGAAGGCUGUAGAAGAAGUAUCUGUGGUUCUAAAAAUACUAGAAGAUGAGCUAAAGGAAAAGAAGUUCUUUGGAGGAGAAAAUGUUGGGCUGGUAGACAUUGUUGCUGUCGUUAUAGGCUUUUCCCUUGGAGUUUAUGAAGAAGCUGCGAGGGUAGAGUUGUUGAAUAAAGAGAAACUUCCUAGACUAUGUAACUGGAUCGAUGACUUUUUGAGCAACAGUUUUAUCAAGGAAAGUCUACCUCCCAGAGAUAAACUAAUUGCCUAUUUACGAAAUCGCUUUAGGAGCGGCAAUGCGUCCAAAUAGAUGAAUUUACAUGCUCCACUAACAGUUGGUGAAUAUCUACUGCAUAAAUAAUCCACCUCUGUUAUAUAUAGGCUCCCCUUAAUUGUUUCGCAAUUGAGUAGUGUCUAUUACGCACAUUCUAGCAUACACAAUCUACAAUUUACAAAAGAAUUCGUGAAGUCACGAAAGUUCAAAUUGUGACUCAAAGUCAUGAGUUCUCUUGUAAAACACAAUGAUGUACUGUAAAAGAUACCUUUUACCACAACAAGACGGAAAGGUUUUUUUAUUUUUUAUUUUUUUGGCUUUUACAAGAGACUCUUAAGUUUUAUGGUCAUAGGUCCUAACAUAUAUAUACCUUUUAUUUGUUCAUGACUGUAACCUUGAAAGCAAUAUUAAGAGUGUGAUUAUAGUUUA